CCCGGGGGAGGGCCCGCUUUGUGGCUGCAGUUGGCAAGAUGGCGCCGGUGGGGGUGGAGAAGAAGCUGCUGCUGGGCCCUAACGGGCCCGCGGUGGCCGCCGCCGGCGACCUGACCACUGAGGAGGAGGAGGGCCAGAGCCUAUGGUCCUCGAUCCUGAGCGAGGUGUCCACCCGCGCCAGGUCCAAGCUGCCGUCCGGCAAGAACAUCCUGGUUUUCGGUGAAGAUGGUUCUGGUAAAACAACGCUCAUGACUAAACUUCAGGGAGCUGAGCAUGGCAAAAAAGGAAGAGGCCUAGAGUAUCUCUACCUCAGUGUCCACGACGAGGACCGAGAUGAUCACACACGCUGCAAUGUGUGGAUUCUGGAUGGAGACUUGUAUCACAAAGGCCUGCUGAAAUUUGCAGUUUCUGCUGAAUUCUUGCCGGAGACCCUGGUGAUUUUUGUUGCAGACAUGUCUAGGCCUUGGACUAUGAUGGAAUCUCUACAGAAAUGGGCUAGUGUUUUACGUGAGCACAUUGAUAAAAUGAAAAUUCCACCAGAAGAAAUGAGGGAGCUGGAACGGAAGUUUGUGAAAGAUUUUCAAGACUAUGUUGAGCCUGAGGAAGGUUGUCAAGGUUCCCCACAGAGAAGAGGGCCUCUGACCUCAGGUCCUGAUGAAGAAAAUGUUGCCCUGCCUCUUGGUGACAACGUGCUGACUCAUAACCUGGGGAUCCCAGUGUUGGUGGUGUGCACAAAGUGUGAUGCGGUGAGUGUCCUGGAGAAGGAGCAUGAUUACAGGGACGAGCACUUUGACUUCAUCCAGUCACACCUACGGAGGUUCUGCCUCCAGUAUGGAGCGGCCUUGAUUUACACAUCAGUGAAGGAAGAGAAAAACCUCGACUUGUUGUAUAAGUACAUUGUUCAUAAAACAUAUGGUUUCCACUUUACCACGCCUGCCUUAGUUGUGGAAAAGGAAGCAGUUUUUAUACCUGCAGGCUGGGACAAUGAAAAGAAAAUAGCUAUUUUACAUGAAAAUUUCACAACUGUGAAGCCAGAAGAUGCAUAUGAAGACUUUAUUGUGAAACCUCCUGUGAGAAAGCUGGUCCACGACAAAGAGUUGGCAGCGGAGGAUGAGCAGGUGUUCCUAAUGAAGCAACAGUCACUCCUUGCCAAGCAGCCAGCCACACCCACGAGAGCCUCCGAAUCCCCUGCAAGAGGACCCUCUGGCUCUCCAAGAACCCAGGGCCGGGGAGGGCCAGCCAGCGUGCCUAGUGCCUCCCCAGGCACGUCAGUAAAGAAGCCGGACCCAAACAUCAAAAAUAAUGCAGCAAGUGAAGGGGUGUUGGCCAGCUUCUUCAAUAGUCUGUUGAGUAAAAAAACAGGCUCUCCUGGAAGUCCUGGUGCUGGUGGGGUGCAGGGCACAGCCAAGAAGUCAGGACAAAAGACUGUGUUGACAAAUGUUCAGGAAGAACUGGAUAGAAUGACUCGAAAACCAGACUGCAUGGUAACAAACUCUUCAACAGAAAAUGAAGCCUGAUCCUCCUUAAAAAAUGCAUAUGUAAAAUGACCAAAUAACUAUAUUGAUCUGCUCUAAGACCAGGAUUUUUCUGAUAUGGCACAUGCUAUCAGUUUUUUGGGGCAGGGGAGAUGAACUUAAAAAAAAAAAAAAAAAACAAAAA